AUGGGGUCCUCAUUUGACAUGUUCAAGACCCUCAUUAUCCCGGCCUCCAUAUCCCUAAUCAUCUACCUCCUCCUCAGCUACAUCCUCCUCCCUUUCUUCCGGCGCUACCGCCAACGCUACGCAAACUAUCUACCUAUAAGCGCUAUAUCAGCACAAACCCUGCCCAUCCGCGAACGGAUCGCGGACUCCUUAAUGCAAUUCUUCCUCCCAACUGCUUCGUGGCGACAACGCUUAGUUCCGCGGUUUAUGCGCCGGUCAUCCAUGACUUCUCUUGUGGAUGACGAUGAUGACGACGACGAUGAGUCGAGAGAUCAUAAUAGACCUGAUAACAACGACUCGAUAAGCAUAUUCGACGAGGAAGGGGAGAAUAUGGCUGAGAUGAACCUGUCAGCUUCACGAAGAGAGGCGUUGGAGGCGAGGAGGAGUUUUGCAGGGGUGGAUCAGGUCAGGUUGGGUAGGGAUUUGGAGGAAGGGUUUAUGGAUGAUAGUGACGAUGAGAAUGAUGAGUCUUUACAUUCUAUGCCGGGAAGGCAGUGA